CAUUUACGAACAACAUCCGCUGAAAUUGAAAGAAAUGACAGCGGUGUUGGUACAGAAACCAGUAAACCUAGUAGAUUACGCCGGUUGAUGGCGGUAGAGAACCAAGAGCGGCAGUGUGCGGAUUGUGAUCAACAGGUGGAGCCACGAGAAGGCAAACUUUCUGGAAUGUUGUGCGAUCCCUUGGUUUGCCGAAAAUGUGAAAGAAAACGAUAUGAACGAAAAGAAUUAAUAACAGAAAUCGUCGUAACCGAAGUAAAAUAUGGACGAGAUCUUAAUAUCGUCAAAGAGGAGUUCUAUAGGCCGAUGGAGGUCGCUGGUUUGCUAGGAAAAGAACAGUUACGUCAAAUAUUUUUGAACAUAGACGAGUUAAUAAGUUUCAGUGCAAAAUUUGCUGAAAAACUAAAGGAUGCUAUUGACAUUGCCAGAGAACAAGGUGACGAGGACUAUACGACGGUUAACAUAGGGAAGUUAUUUCUGGAGUCCACUGACAUGCUGCAUGCCUUUGAAACGUACUGUGUUCAACAG